AUGUCGAUCAGAAACGUGGUUCUUAUUGGGGCUGGAGGAAACCUCGGACCCGCCAUCUUAAACGCCCUGGUCACCUCUCCUCACGGCUACACCGUGUCGGUCCUCUCUCGCGAAUCGUCCAGCUACCAGGCGCCAGCGGGCGUGAAGCUCCUCAAGACGGACUACAGCCACGACUCGCUCGUCCACGCGCUGCAAGGCCAGGAUGCGGUCGUCUCUGCCAUCGCUGGACACGCGCUCCUGGACCAGAUCAAGGUCAUCGAUGCCGCCAUCGCCGCGGGCGUGAAGCGCUUCAUCCCGUCUGAAUUCGGCAGCAACACCAGCAAUGCCGUCGCCCGGCAGCGGUUCCCGCCCUGGAGCCAGAAGGAUCAGGUCCGCAAGUACCUGGAGAGCAAGCAGGAUCAGAUCGAGUGGACGGUGAUCUACAAUGGGUUCUUUUUUGACUGGGCCCUCAAGGUUGGCUUCGCAGGCUUCAGCAUCCCCGAACACAAGGCCACCAUCUACACGAAAUACAAGGACGUGACGUUCUCAGCGACGACGCUGGACACGGUCGGGCGGGCAGUGGCCCAGACGCUGGCGCCGGCGAUAGCGCCCAAAACGGCCAAUAAGAUCCUGCGGGUGCGCAGCGUGACGACGUCGCAGUCGGCCAUCCUGGCGGCGUUCGAGGACGUGACGGGCAAGAAGUGGACCAUCGACGAGGUCGACCUGGACGCGGAGGUGAAGGAGGCCGAGGAGCGGCUGCAGCAAGGGGACUUCAGCGGCGCGGGCAAGCUGAUCUACGGGGCCAACCUGGAUGAGCGGACGGAGAACGACUGGGACCGGAAAGGCGAGGUCUCAAACGCGGUGCUGGAGCUGCCGGACGAGGAUUUGAAGACGAUUAUCAAAUCGGUGCUGUAG